AUGGUUGGCCCAUUGGAUGCUAUGCGGGAACGGAUGGAGUCUGAGUGGACGCUUUCAUGGUUGGCCCAUUGGAUGCUAUGCGGGAACGGAUGGAGUCUGAGUGGACGUUAUCAUGGUUGGCCCAUUGGAUGCUAUGCGGGAACGGAUGGAGUCUCAGUGGACGUUACAAUGGUUGGCCCAUUGGAUGCUAUGCGGGAACGGAUGGAGUCUGAGUGGACGUUAUCAUGGUUGGCCCAUUGGAUGCUAUGCGGGAACGGAUGGAGUCUGAGUGGACGUUAUCAUGGUUGGCCCAUUGGAUGCUAUGCGGGAACGGAUGGAGUCUCAGUGGACGUUACAAUGGUUGGCCCAUUGGAUGCUAUGCGGGAACGGAUGGAGUCUGAGUGGACGUUAUCAUGGUUGGCCCAUUGGAUGCUAUGCGGGAACGGAUGGAGUCUGAGUGGACGUUACCAUGGUUGGCCACUGGGCUGUUUGCAACGCGUGCGAGAACGCCUUGAUGGUGGGAGGAAAAGCGGGAACCAACAUCUGCAGACAUGUGCAACCACUGCAAGACAUGUGCAAGAAGGAGAAGUGUGGGCAAACGAGGCAAGCACCAAUGCCGAUCUGUUGCGAUCCAGCAAAGACGGGAUGUCGAAAGGUGGCAUCCGGGCUGCUCUCGCCCAGGGUCGGCUGAAGAAGGCAGAGGGCGAGGCAAGCCGAAUUCGCGAGCGCACGGCGCUGCUCUGCGACGCAGUGGCAAAACUCGAAGCCGAAUCGGCAAGCUCCAAGACGAACCUUCCCGAGGUCGAUCAGCUCCUCUACUCUGCCGACCAGAUGCUUUCUGCGCUAGACACCAGCGUCAAGGAGCUCAGUGCAGAGCAGACCCACCUGAGUGAGUCGCUCACAGAGCUGAAAGGUGGGCUGGAGCAGCAGAUGGCCGAGUUCCGAGAUACACUCUCAUCCUUUGCCUCGAAGCGGAACGCGUUGGAGGAGGAGCGCUCCUCCUUAGCCCGGCGGCUGGAAGAA